CAGAUGUUGGAUGAUUUCGAGUAAUAGCUAUUUUGUGUAUUGUUUGUUUAUAAACUAAAGGAUCUAGAUACAGAAAUAGGAAUGAAGAUGGAUUUAAAAUUGGAUAUAUUUACUCUAAAUUGUUGGGGCAUUGUAGGUAUUAGUAGGCAUAGAAAAGAAAGAAUGCAAGCAAUUGCAUCUCAUAUAGCAGUUUCCAAUUAUGAUUUUGUAUUUCUCCAAGAGAUUUGGAGUCAGGAUGAUUAUCAAAUGAUAUGCAAAAAGACUGCUGAUGUUUUACCAUAUUCUUUUUACUUCCAUAGUGGCGUUUAUGGAAGUGGUGUAUGUAUAUUAUCUAAAAGUUGCAUAGUAGAUUCUGCUCAGUGUCAAUAUUCACUGAAUGGUUAUGCACACAAAAUUUUGCAUGGUGAUUGGUAUGGAGGAAAAGUUGUUGGAGUCUGUAAAGUUAUUCAUCAUGGGUUGAAGAUAAAUUUAUAUGUUACUCAUUUGCAUGCAGAAUAUGAUGCAUUACAUGAUCAAUAUUUGCCUCAUCGAGUAGCUCAAGCUUUUGAAUUUAGUCAAUUCGUGCAGCUCACUUCUGAAACAGCUGAUCUGAGCAUUGUGGCUGGCGACUUUAAUACUGAACCAACUGAUCUUCCGUAUCGAAUCAUUAUUCAUAAUGCUGGGUUGUUGGAUUCCUAUGACAGUCAGAAGAACAUUGAUGCAUUGGAAUGCUUGAAGACAACCUGUGGUCAUCCAGAUAAUAUUUAUACUAGUAGGAAAGAGCUCUGCCAUAGUCCUAAAGGAAAACGAAUAGAUUAUGUUCUGUACAAAUGUGGAAGUGGUAUUCAUGUGGACUGCCUUUCUUGUGAUACACCCUUAGGAAAAAUACCUGGAACUUCUAUUCCUUAUUCUGAUCAUGAAGCAGUUGUUGCCAAAUUACAUGUAUUUAAGUCAUUAGCAGUACCUGCUCAUCAGGGAAACCCUAAAGCAAGACUUGAAGCAAUUGACAAUAGUCAUACUAUUCUCAGGAAGAAUCUCAAAGAACUACAAAACAAUCGGCUUGUGUACGUUCUACUGAGUUGUCUGCUUAUGGCUUUACUGCUUGUUACAUCACUUGUUGAAGAUAUUGGAGCUUUUAGUAUUAUUAUUCUCUUCUUUCAAUUCAUUGCAACAAUUGCACUUGCGUUUUGCUUGUGGAUGGCACUUAUAGUCAACAAAAUUGAAUCUAAUGCACUUACAUGUGCAUGCAAAUCUAUGUCCAUUUUGAUUAAUUCAUUGAUGAACGAAUACAAUGUUAAGUUAUCUUCAAACUUUUCUACUAGUAGCAGUUCUACCCCUGAAAUAAUUUUGUGA